ACUUAGUUGCAGCAGCAGCAGUCCAAAUGGGACAUUGGGUUGAUUCCAAUUCCCAUGUUUCAUCACAUUUUUGUCUGCUGGUUUUGGCUCUUGUUUUCUUCUCCGCCAAUGGCUGCGAUUUGUUAACCGGAAAGUGGGUUUUUGAUCCAUCUUAUCCUCUUUACUCUGCAUCUGCUUGCCCUUUCAUUGAAAAGGAGUUCAGUUGCCAGAAGAAUGGACGCCAAGAUCUGGUUUAUACUCAAUAUCGAUGGCAACCUCUCGAUUGCUCCUUGACAAGAUUUAAUGGAUUGAAGUUGCUAGAGAAGUUUAGAGGGAAGAGCAUAAUGUUUGUGGGGGAUUCUCUAAGUCUAAAUCAAUGGCAAUCAUUGACGUGCAUGCUUCACUCUGCAGUUCCUACUGCCAAAUACAACAUUACAAGACUCAAGGAUCUCACCACAUUCGAGUUUCUGGAUUAUGAUGUAAAAGUAAUGCUGGAUCGAAAUGUGUAUCUUGUGGAUGUUGAAAUGGAAAAGAUCGGGAGGGUGUUAAAGCUCGACUCCAUCCGAUCAGGAAAGUUGUGGAAUGGAAUUGACAUGCUUAUCUUCAAUACUUGGCACUGGUGGAAUCGUCGUGGUCCUACUCAACCAUGGGAUUUUAUCGAAUAUCAAGGUGUGGUUAAGAAAGAUAUGGAUCGAAUACAAGCUUUCGAAAUAGCUCUCAACACGUGGGCGGGAUGGGUGGAUGAGAACGUUGAUCCUUCAAAAUCUCUAGUUUUUUUCCAAGGAAUUUCUCCCUCUCAUUACAAUGGGACGUUAUGGGGUGAACCGAAAGCAAAGAGCUGUGUAGGCCAAAAGCAGCCGUUUCUGGGGACAACAUAUCCCGGAGGAUUACCGCCGGCGGUGGAUGUGGUGAAGAAAGUAAUAAGCAAAAUGAGAAAGCCGGUGAAGUUGCUGGAUGUAACAUUGCUGUCAUUGCUACGGAAAGAUGGACACCCUUCCAUUUAUGGGCUUGGAGGAUCCACUGUAUUGGAUUGCAGCCAUUGGUGUCUAGCAGGAGUUCCAGAUACAUGGAACGAGCUUCUUUACAACCUUAUUCUUUGAAAACCUCUCAUUUCUUAACAUCCAAUUUUGUAAUAAAAAAAAUGAUCAUGUCUUAAUUAAUAAUCAAAUUUCUCAUUC